AUGGAGGCAGAAACAGGGAGCAGCAUGGAGAUCGGAAAGACAGCCAACAGAGGCACUCGAAUUGCCCUGGUCGUGUUCGUUGGUGUCACCCUGGUGCUGGGCAUAGUCCUCUUUCUAGUGAGUCAAGGUUUCUUAAGUCUCCAUGCUAAACCAGAGUACUGCCUGAAGCCAGAAUGCAUCGAAGCUGCUGCUUCCAUCUUAAGUAAAGUAAAUCUGUCUGUGGACCCUUGUGAUAAUUUCUUCCGGUUUGCUUGUGAUGGCUGGAUACACAGUAAUCCAAUUCCUGAAGAUAUGCCAAGCUAUGGGAUUUAUCCUUGGCUCAGACGUAAUGUCGACCUCAAGUUGAAGGCACUUUUGGAGAAAUCAAUCAGUAGAAGACGGGACACUGAAGCCAUACAGAAAGCCAAAAUCCUUUAUUCAUCUUGCAUGAAUGAGAAAGCCAUCGAAAAAGCAGAUGCCAAGCCACUAUUACAUAUCCUGCGGCACUCACCUUUCCGCUGGCCUGUGCUCGAAUCCAAUAUUGGUCCUGAAGGGGUUUGGUCAGAGAGAAAGUUCAGCCUUCUGCAGACCCUUGCAACAUUUCGUGGCCAAUACAGCAAUUCUGUGUUCAUCCGUUUAUAUGUGUCCUCUGAUGACAAGAUGUCCAAUGAACACAUCUUGAAGCUGGACCAAGCGGCGCUCUCCCUAGCCGUGAGGGAAGACUACCUUGAUAACAGCACGGAAGCCAAGUCUUAUCGGGAUGCCCUUUACAAAUUCAUGGUGGAUACUGCUGUGCUUUUGGGAGCUAAUAGCUCCCGAGCAGAGCAUGACAUGAAGUCGGUGCUUAGGUUGGAAAUAAAGAUAGCUGAGAUAAUGAUUCCACAUGAAAACCGAACCAGUGAAGCCAUGUACAACAAAAUGAACAUCUCCCAGCUGAGUGCUAUGAUUCCCCAGUUCGACUGGCUGAGCUACAUCAAGAAGGUCAUCGACGUCAGACUCUACCCUGAACUAAAAGACAUUGGCCCCUCAGAGAACGUGGUGGUCCGUGUCCCUCAAUACUUUAAGGAUUUGUUUAGGAUAUUAGGCUCUGAGAGGAAGAAGACCAUUGCCAACUAUUUGGUGUGGAGGAUGGUUUAUUCCAGAAUUCCAAACUUAAGCAGGCGCUUUCAGUAUAGGUGGCUGGAGUUCUCACGGGUAAUCCAGGGAACCACAACUUUGUUGCCUCAGUGGGACAAAUGUGUGAACUUUAUUGAAAGUACCCUCCCUUAUGUCGUUGGAAAAAUGUUUGUGGAUGUACACUUCCAGGAAGACAAGAAGGAAAUGAUGGAGGAAUUGAUUGAGGGUGUUCGAUGGGCCUUUAUUGACAUGCUGGAGAAAGAAAACGAGUGGAUGGAUGCAGGGACAAAAAGGAAAGCCAAAGAAAAGGCAAGAGCUGUUUUGGCAAAAGUUGGCUAUCCUGAGUUUAUAAUGAAUGAUACUCACAUUAAUGAAGACCUCAAGGCAAUCAAGUUUUCAGAAUCUGACUACUUUGGCAACGUCCUGCAAACCCGCAAGUAUUUAGCACAGACUGAUUUCUUCUGGCUGAGAAAAGCUGUUCCCAAAACAGAGUGGUUUACAAAUCCAACGACUGUCAAUGCCUUCUACAGUGCAUCCACCAACCAAAUCCGAUUUCCAGCAGGAGAACUCCAGAAGCCUUUCUUUUGGGGAACAGAAUAUCCUCGAUCUCUGAGUUAUGGUGCUAUAGGAGUAAUUGUUGGACAUGAAUUUACACAUGGAUUUGAUAAUAAUGGUCGAAAAUAUGAUAAAAAUGGAAACCUGGAUCCUUGGUGGUCUAUGGAUUCAGAAGAAAAGUUUAAGGAAAAAACAAAGUGCAUGAUUAACCAGUAUAGCAACUACUAUUGGAAGAAAGCUGGCUUAAAUGUGAAGGGGAAGAGGACACUGGGAGAAAAUAUUGCCGAUAAUGGAGGGCUGCGACAAGCUUUUAGGGCUUACAGGAAAUGGAUAAACGACAAGAGGCAGGGAGUUGAGGAGCCUCUCCUACCAGGCAUUGAAUUCACCAACAACCAGCUUUUCUUCAUGAGUUAUGCUCACGUGAGGUGCAAUUCCUACAGACCAGAAGCUGCUCGAGAACAAAUCCAAGUUGGUGCUCACAGCCCCCCUCAGUUUAGGGUCAAUGGUGCAGUUAGCAACUUUGAAGAAUUCCAGAAGGCUUUUAAUUGUCCAUCCAAUUCUACAAUGAACAGAGGCGCAGAAUCCUGCCGACUCUGGUAG